GUGCCAUAUACCCAGGUACUACGUGUUUUAGUCGGGAGUGCACAGUCGUUAUCUUUCACAUCAGCUAUAUCUCGCAAGAAUGGCGCAAACUUCCGAUCUCGAGUCACCUUCUUGCCCCCAAAAAAUCUCAGGAGACGAAAAAUCCAUUGUGAAGACUACAGAGAAACCAGUGGAUGUUCAAAAUGGGAUCAUUCUUGACGAUGGGCUACAGAGAGGACUUUUGGGGAGACACGUCACGCUGAUCUCCCUUGCAAGUGUGAUCGGAGCAAGCUGCUUUUACGGCUUUGGAUAUGCCUUGUACCUAUCCGGACCGUUGGGAGCUCUCAUCGGCUUUGGUAUAGUUGGGUUCAUUGUCUGGGCAUUGAUGCAGAGCGUUGGUGAAGUGACGACCAUGUUUCCAAUCGCAGGUGGUUUCGUCGAACAUGCCGGACGUUUUGUGGACCCAGCAUUCAGUUUCGCGAUGGCGUGGAUGUACUACUUCAUGUGGUCGGUGUUUCUUGGAAGCGAAUGGAACGGUGCAAUAUUGAUCCUACAAUACUGGGUACCAGAAGAGAAAAUGCCCUUAUACGGCUGGGUGAUUGUAUUCUGGGUCUUCUUCUCCAUCCUCACCACCCUCGGCGUUGUGGUCUACGGCGAGAUCGAGUAUUAUUUUGGAUGGUUCAAAAUUAUUUCGUUCGCUGUGUGCUUCUUCAUCUCAUUCCUCGUCAAUGUUGGUGCGUUCGGGAAUGGAUAUAUAGGGUUUAGGUAUUGGAACCCACCCGAAGGUCCUAUUGUGAAUGGAAUCAAUGGAUUUGGUCAGGUGUUUGUCCUUGCUUCUGCGUAUUAUGUGGGGACCGAGAUCGUUUCUUUGGCUGCUGGGGAAACGAAAGACCCAAGGAACUCUAUACCUACAGGGGUGGACUCUGUGGUAUAUCGGAUCGUUUUCGUCUACAUGGGUGUCAUCUUUUUCCAAGGGCUGAUCUGCCCCUCAAAUGCUCCAGAACUACUCAAUGCCGAGUCGACUGUUGCAUCCUCACCAUUCACCAUCGGGUUCGUACAGGCUGGAUGGAAAUCGGCCGGAGACUUUAUCAACGUUCUUAUCGUGAUAGCCUUCAUUUCGGCCGUGAAUGGAUGCAUCUAUGUCCAGUCAAGAGUUCUCUAUUCCCUUGCUUUGUCCCACAGAGCACCACAAGUCUUUGCAAUUACUUCGACGAAAGGAGUUCCCUAUGUUUCGAUCCUGACGUCUGUCUGCUGGGGAUUCCUCGCCCUGAUGAACAUGAAAGUAACAGCCGGUCAAGUCUUCGCAUACAUGACUUCCGUGGGAGGUUCAGCAGCCUACAUCGCCUGGGCGGGUAUUGUAUUCACGCACCUUCGAGUGCGUAGUGGACUUGUAAAACAAGGCAUCAACCCAUCCACGUAUCCAUUCAAAGCUUUUGGUAGCAUUUGGAUCUACAGAUUCAAUCUGUUUCUUAAUGUAUUCCUCCUCCUUAUCCAGGGAUUCACUGCGUUUGAGAAGCCUUUCAACUGGAGGCUUUUCGUUGUUUCCUAUAUCACAAUCCCCACCACGAUUCUGCUAUUUGUUGGAUACAAGCUGUAUCACAAGACUCGUUGGGUUCGCUUGAGUGAAAUGGACUUCUCGGAUCGAUUGCUCAAGAUUGACGACGAAGACGAGGUGAAGAAAGUUUCCUUCAUCAAUAAACUUACUGCGAAGGUGAGGCACUGAGUCGAACCAAUCAUUGAAGCUUGAAGAAAUGAGAAGACGCCCGCCAAUGUUUG